CCAACAUGCUCGCACCGGGAUUUGUAUUUGGGUUGGUGCUGCUAUUAAUCCUGCGGGCCGACACAAGUGCAGGUGCUGAUUUUCGCUUUGCGUCGUACGUCCAUAAUCACAUGGUGCUGCAGAAGGAGCCUGCAGGGGCAGUGAUUUGGGGCUAUGGCAUAUCUGGAGCCACAGUGACAGUGACUCUGUGCCAAGAUCAGGAAACCAUCAUGAAGAAAGAGACCAGUGUGAAAGCACACUCUAAUAGCUGGAUGGUGAUACUGGAUCCUGUGAAGCCUGGUGGAUCUUAUGAAGUGAUGGCACAACAGACUCUUGGGAGAAUGAACUUCACCCUGAGAGUUCAUGAUGUCUUAUUUGGAGAUGUCUGGCUUUGCAGUGGGCAAAGUAACAUGCAGAUGACGGUUUCACAGAUAUUUAAUGCUACAAGCGAGCUGUCUAACACUGCUGCCUAUCAGUCUGUCCGCAUCCUCUCUGUGUCUCUCGUUCAGGCACAGCAGGAGCUGGAGGACCUUGCUGAGGUUGACUUGCAAUGGUCUAAGCCUACCGCAGAAAACUUAGGCCACGGAAAUUUCCAGUACAUGUCAGCAGUGUGCUGGCUCUUUGGGCGUUACCUGUAUGACACUCUGCAGUAUCCCAUUGGGCUGAUCGCCUCCUCGUGGGGUGGGACACCCAUUGAAGCCUGGUCAUCUGGAAGGUCACUGAAAGCCUGUGGGGUCCCUAGGUUCAUUCCAUCUGAUUUUGUAACUGGUCCCAGUGAGUACUCUGUUCUCUGGAAUGCCAUGAUCCAUCCGCUACAUAAUAUGACUCUGAAAGGGGUGAUAUGGUAUCAAGGGGAGGCCAAUAUAAAUCUUAACAGGGACCUGUACAAUUGCACAUUCCCUGCGCUCAUUGAAGACUGGCGCGAAACCUUCCACCGCGGCUCCCAGGGACAGACAGAGCGUUUCUUCCCGUUUGGAUUUGUCCAGUUAUCUUCAUAUUUGUCUGCAACCUCAGAUGAUAAAUUUCCCCAGAUCCGUUGGCAUCAAACAGCAGACUUUGGCUAUGUUCCCAACCUAAGGAUGCCCAACACUUUCAUGGCUGUAGCUAUGGAUCUCGGUGAUAGGAACUCACCUUUUGGCAGCAUCCACGCUCGAGAUAAACAGACUGUGGCCUAUAGGCUGCAUUUGGGGGCCCGUGCUGUGGCUUAUGGUGAGAAGAAGCUGAUCUUUCAAGGACCACUGCCUGAGAAGAUAGAACUCUUGGCUGACAAGGGGCUGCUCAACCUCACAUAUUCCCAGCAAAUCCAUGUGCAGAGGCAGGACGACAAGACAUUUGAGAUCUCAUGUUGCGAGAACCGUCAAUGCAAGUGGCUUCCAGCUCUUAUGAACACUUUCUCCACCCAGACCCUGGCCCUGAAUAUCAGUUCUUGUCAUGACACUCUGGUUGCUGUUCGCUAUGCCUGGGCCACAUGGCCUUGUGAAUAUAAACAGUGUCCUCUAUACCACCCCACCAGUACCCUGCCAGCUCCUCCCUUCAUUGCUGUCAUUACAAAUCAGAUUCCUGGAAAUCAUAGCAAGGUUGCAAAAUGAUUUAGCUGCAGUAUGAUCAUAUCUUAGACAUAGUGUGGAUUCUUUAGAUUUGGGCAUUUAGGAGUUUAAAUGAUGACAACUAUUGCUUUUAAAGGAAAUUAAUACAAAGGUCUCAUUGGACAGCUCCCAGCUAGCACAUGGCUGUUUCUGUAUUCUGAGAUGAUCCAGGGCUGAUAGGUAAAUGGGAUGAUUACUUUUUGUCCCCUGGUUGGUCUAGGUGUCUGUAUCGGACUAAUUCCAAACCACAAACAAAUUGAACCUCAGUGUCAUUCACUUUCUUCAUUAUUGGGAGUGCAGUGUCUAACACUUUUGUCUCUUACAUCCAGAAUUGUGGAAACUCAGGACUGGAAGAGAUUUCAAGGCUAUGUAAGCCAGGUGGUGUUUAUGUGUUCUUUACAAAAUCUGACAAGUGGUUAUUAUCUGUAUAAGGUUUCCAUUCUAAACUUCCCAACAGUUUUUCCUUAUCUGGAACUGAAAUCUUUCUUCCACUACCCAACUGUCUUUCAGAUAACUGAAGAUAGCCCUAUUUGUGUUCUCUCUAAGCCCAAAACAAUUCUGUUCCGUCAGUCCAAAUGAUGAAAAUGUGAAUGUUGAAAACAAACCAACCAGAACCCUGUGCAGGCAUCUGGGGAGGUGCUGAGGGACUGCCUUAAGAAAUGAAGAGAAAGAGUGAGGCGGUGGUAGCCCAGGAAGGCCCUCAGGCUACCCAGAGCAGGAGUGGGGGAAUCACAGGCUUAGGAACACAUGACAGUGGAGGUCACUGAGAGGCGAACAGUUCAUUAGAGUUAAAUAUGAAUCUCAGGCUCUUUAAAGUUAAGAGGUUUAAAUAUAAAAAGGAUAAUCCAGAUGGAAGAAAAAAGUGAGGCUGAAAGUAAAGCUACAUGAUAAGCAUUUAGAAAAGUAAUCCAGAUGGGGCAAAUGUGAAAGAGGGCUUGUGUGUUUACUCUUAAGAAUCAUAAUGCUGUUGAUUGGUUGAUUAAAAACAGCUGAUGGCACUUGAUAAUUGUGGUUAUCAGAAGUUGGAAAUAAAGGUAUAAUCAUUA